CGCUCGGAUAUUGAGAAAUGUCUGCACCCUUGUGGGUAACAAAACAUUUUUAGCCUUCUCCGGCAAAAAAAGGUUGGUGGCUGGCGGCUGGCUCGCAAACAAAACUGUGAUGGACACGCGGCAUUUUAAUCGCCCGAAUUUACAGGCGUAACACCAAGCGACCAGCUGGGGGUGGCGAAACCGAAGAAAUCGGGCUGAAUUAACACGCCCGGUGAAAACAACAUGCAUAGCAGUUGCUGUUCAUUGGGCUCUAUAUAAAGGAGGUUGAUCGACGCGUACCUGCACACACACAGAGAGUCAGAGACGACGUAUAGGUUGCAGGCAAGUGACAAACAUGGCUAACGGGAAGCUGCUGGCCGUGCUUGCUCUCUUGCAGGUCCUGUCGCUCCUCCUCCACGUCCAUGGCGUCUCCGGGGCCAUCAGCCUCACGCACAAGCAUGCAAAGCGGCCCGGCGCCGGCGGGGGCGGCGGUAAAUGCCACAUCAGCGGCUUCCUCCAGGGUAAGGCCGGCAAGUGCAACCCGGAGCACGGCUCCGACUGCUGCGCCUCCGGCCACCGCUACCCGCAGUUCAAGUGCUCGCCCCCGGUGUCCGCGAAGACGCCGGCGAUCCUCACGCUGAACAGCUUCGCGGCCGGAGGAGACGGGGGAGGCAAGUCCUUCUGCGACAACAAGUUCCACCCGGACAGCGCGCGGGUGGUGGCGUUGUCCUCGGGGUGGCUGCGCCUGGACGGCACGCGCAGGUGCAACAAGAUGAUCCGUAUCAACGGAAACGGGCGGUCGGUGCUGGCCAAGGUGGUGGACGAGUGCGACUCGGUGAACGGGUGCGACGCGGAGCACAACUUCGAGCCCCCGUGCCCGAACAACGCCGUGGACGGGUCGCCGGCGGUCUGGAAGGCGCUGGGGCUCAAGGAGUCGAUUGGGGAGUUCAAGGUCACCUGGUCUGACGUCUGAGCUUAGGCCAGGGAGGGGAGACAUAUGUGCACCUCACUCACUGUAAGCAGCGUAUGGUGUGUGAUGAGAUGCUACCUACUCUUGGCGGUGGACCGGGUCGCUGCUAAUCUAACUAAAUAAGCCGCCGUUCACGUA